CUUACAGACUUCAUGGUGUAACCAACACCGGUGCGUUCGGUCCGUUGAAUCGAGCGCACCCUCUGGUUGUCAACAGCCGGUCAGUGUGCGCGUGAAGCCGCCGUAUGGCUGCGUGUUUUACGGGGAUCAAACCGUGUCGUUAGUCGCUGUUUUCAGCCGAGACUCGACCGUCUGCAGUCAGUCGAACAACCGGACCAACCAUGGCUCAUCUGACCCAGAACCCCGCCGAUAAAGAGCGGUUCAUCUGCAUCUAUCCCAUCUACAUCAACAGUAAGAAGACGCUGGCUGAAGGACGAAGGAUCCCCACAGAGAAGGCGGUGGAGAAUCCGUCCUGUGCUGAGAUCAGAGACGUGCUGACGGCGGCGGGGAUGAACGUCUACGUGGAGAACAAGAUGCAUCCCAGAGAGUGGAACAGGGACGUCCAGUUCAGAGGACGAGUCAGAGUCCAGGUGAAGCAGGCGGACGGCAGCCUCUGUCAGGAAAAAUUCACCUCCCGUAAGGACGUGAUGUUCUACGUAGCGGAGAUGAUCCCUAAACUAAAGACUCGGACCCAGAAGAGUGGAGGAGGAGACACCAGCUCUCAGCAGGGAGAGGGAGGGAAGAAGAGCAAGAAGAAGAAGAAAUAGACUCAAAGAAACAACCUGUUUUUCUUUUUUUAUUAAAUAAUUUUAAACAUGAGGUCCGUCAUGCAGAAUCACACCCUGAAACUAACGAAUCCAGUUUUUGUUGUGACCUCAGAGACUCGCUCAGCUGUCGGCGUCCAAAAUGAAAAUGUGUCUCCCGUUGAAUUCUUUAGAUUUUGACCUCACUGACCAAACUGCUGCAGCUCAUCAUGGCGUUUGUGAAAACGCAGAUAAAGGAUCUAAGUUCUGUUUUAUGUCAGAUUUCAGAGUGGACGAUGUGUUUCUGUUUCUGUGAUACACCUCGUCAUUUACUCCACAUUUUGUUAACGUCGCUGUGUCUGUUUGAAGACGAGAUGAAUAAAGAUUUCAUUUUCACA